CCUCCAGCAGGGCGCUCCCCGGCGUGCAGCCGGCCGUGCCCGGGCAGGCGGAGACUGCGCGGCUCUGCUUGGGUCCCAUCACGUGGGCAGCAAACUUUUCUCCCAGCAGCGGUAUGAGGAAGUUCAGAGGGACGCUGCCGCCGCCGCAAGCUCCAGCCCAGGCGGGUGAAUCCUCCUCCCCCGGGCCCGCUAUGGCGCCUCGCUGCCGUCGCCUCGUGAAGUGAAGCAGCAGCCGCAGGAGCCGCGGUCCUGAUGGAGGAGCCGCCGGGGGCAGAGGAGUGGCCCGGGGCCAGCCAGAAGAGAAAGGCCUGGGCCAAGAGCAGGGACUCCUGGCAGGCAUCGGAGGCGGAGGAGCUCUCGGCAGAAGCAGCGGAGCUGGCCCGGCGGGAGGACGAGCUCACCGUCGGAAAACUGCUCCUGGCUGCCGAAGGAGGUAAUAUUCCAAAUGAGAAGAUCGCCAUAUGGCUUAAAGAUUGCAGAACGCCUCUGGGAGCCUCCCUGGAUGAGCAAAGCAAUCCUACGUUGAAGGGCAUGCUGGUGAGAAAUGGAGGAAGUUUUGAAGAUGACUUAUCCCUGGGAGCGGAAGCUAAUCAUCUACAUCAAAGUGAUGCAAAAAUGGAAACAUGCAAUGGUAUGCUGGCGAAGGAGAGGAGACAUCAGUUCCACCAGAAGGGGAGAAGUAUGAAUUCCACUGGUUCUGGGAGAAGCAGUGCAACGGUUUCAAGUGUUUCUGAAUUACUGGAUCUUUAUGAGGAAGACCCUGAAGAAGUACUCUAUAACCUUGGAUUUGGAAGAGAUGAACCAGAUAUUGCUUCUAAAAUCCCAUCAAGAUUUUUUAAUUCAUCAUCAUUUGCCAGAGGGAUUGAUAUCAAAGUGUUUUUGAAUGCCCAAAUGCAGCGUAUGGAAGUGGAAAAUCCAAAUUUUGCUUUAACAAGUCGUUUUCGUCAGAUUGAAGUGCUUACUACUGUGGCCAAUGCUUUUUCUUCCUUAUAUUCCCAAGUUUCUGGGACUCCUUUGCAGAAAAUUGGCAGCAUGAAUUCAGUGUCUUCCAACAAAGAGACCUCCAACCCUGCUCCUUUAAAUCGAAGCAAUACUGCAAGUCGUUUAAUGAAGACCCUAUCAAAACUCAAUCUGUGUAUACCCCAGCAGGCAGGAGAAAGUAGCAGCUGCAUUACUCCCCCAGCUGUUGAAAAAGAGAAAAUGCUACCUGGCCAAGAGACUGAAGAAAAUGAUGUAAAAAAUGAAUCAAAAUUACCAAAACACUUAAAAAAGAAAGAUUCUCCAUCUUUGGCUACAGUAAAAGAGGAGAUAUCUAGUAAUCAGCCCAAUGUCAUAGACAUACUUAAUGACACAACUCUUUCUGCUGGAAUUAGUGACAAACAAGGAACUCAGGAUGAUAAUGUGCCUCAUAUGGACGAGCAAAAGAAUGACUCACCAAGUCACCAGAAUAGAUUGUUUGAAGAAUCUGGUAUUGUGGACUCCUCCAAUUUCAGUAGUGAUGCUAAUAUAUCUACGAAUAAUGAGCUUGAAAAUAGCACUGAGCUGCAAAAUCCACCUACAUCAACUCCAGAUAAAGAACCUUAUGCUCCCAUAGCAUCUCCAUCCAUAACUAUUCUAAAGCUACCGCAGAAGGACUCCUUUGAGAUGGAAGAGAUUCAAAGCACAGAGGGAGAAGGACCACCUGUUCCAACUUCUUACCAGUUACACUUGAACAAAUCAAGAAGAGACCAUCUGUUGCGAACUGCUAGUCAGCAUUCUGAUAGCAGUGGCUUUGCUGAAGAUUCGUCUACAGAUUGCUUUUCGCUUCAGGUUCAUGGCAUGGGAAGCAGCGCUGACAGCUGUGACAGUGAAACAACAGUGAAGUCGCUUGGUGAGGAGAUUAAGACGCCAAUAGACAAAGAACAGACGAACUUCAAUAAGUUUGAGGAAGAGGAGGAAUUUCUCCUCACAGAAGUGGAAGUACCUUCUAAGAACAGAACAGGAGAUGUUGAGAAAAUCGUGGAACAUGUAUCUGAUGAGAGCCAACAUAGUAAAAGCAAGCAGACUCAGACAUCAGAUACGGGUCAAGGGGAUUUCAGUACAGAAAGUGAAGAGGUUUCCAUUCAGCAGAAGGAAUCUGAAUUACUAGAGGAAGGCAGUGGUGAGAGUGAUCUGGACAAAAGCAGUGAAUGCGAGUUUCCUCAGUACCAAACACACCAUAUUCUCAGAUCAAUGGCAUCCAUUGAAAGCAGCAGUUCAUCCUCUUCUGCUGUGGAUAAGGUUAAUGUUGCUUUGCAAAGAGCCCAGACAAAGAUCAGCAGCACUUCUGAGUCCAGAGUAGGGCGCACUCUACUCAUGUCAAAAGAUCUCCUCCUCUUAAAGCACAGGCACCAGUUUGCCAGAUCAGGUUAUCCUCUAAGGCGGUCCCAGUCCCUCCCUACUACAUUACUGAAUCCUGUGAGAGUUGUGUCUUCUGUAAAUGUCCGGUUAUCUCCAGGAAAAGAGACUUUGUGCAGUCCCCCUUCUUUCACCUACAAGUAUACACCCGAAGGGGAAGAGAAACUGGUGGAUGAGGACAAGAAAUCAGUGACUGAGACAAAUGACAGUCCACCUACAUGUAAAUCCACACUGUUCAUUGCCCCUUCAUCCAUGAAAAAAGAAACUUCCCAGAGUGGGCUGAACAGAUCGGUGGAUGAAUCCAGUCACAGCAGACUGCAGAGCUGCCCAUUGUCCAUACCAGCACACAUAUCUCAGUCAACAUGUUCUCUCCACUCUGUUCCUUCUGAUUGGCAAGACAGGCCUUUGUGUGAACAUAUGAGAACGCUGAGCAACCAUAGCAUCCCAAGCGUCUCAGGAUCUUCCUGCAGUGCACUAGCUUCUGUUUUUGGAUGGCCCUACUCUCCAAGGCAUGCUGGAUAUCCUCAUCGGCCUCAUGCUAUUAACCCACCCUCCACUGUUGAAAUGCAGUUGCGCAGAGUCCUGCAUGAUAUCCGCAACUCUCUGCAGAAUCUCUCUCAGUACCCUGCGAUGAGAGGACACGAUCUUGCUGUUGGCUCCUACAGUACUCACAGAUCAUCCAUUCUACCUCUGUAUGAAAAUACUUUCCAGGAACUACAAGUAGUGAGGCGGAGUCUAAACUUGUUUAGGACACAAAUGAUGGAUUUGGAAUUGACUAUGUUACGUCAGCAAACAACAGUUUAUCAGCACAUGAGUGAAGAAGAAAGAUAUGAAGCUGAUCAACUCCAGAGUUUGAGAAAAUCGGUCCGCAUGGAGCUACAGGAGCUAGAAAUGCAGUUAGAGGAACGUCUGCUUGCUCUGGAGGAACAGCUUAGAACUUUACAUAUGUCUUCACCUUACAGACCUCAGACACUUACAGGAAUGUAUAGCAGCAGAAGCACUGAUAAUCUAUCAUGCCUUUCUCCACUGAACGUAAUGGAACCAGUCUCUGAACUUAUUCGAGAGCAGUCGUUUCUGAAGUCAGAGUUGGGACUGGGAGAGUUUGGUUUGGAAACUCUUCCAGCAGAGGGAUCAGAGUCAAUGUUCUCUCAUGGAAACUCGGAUUCUUCUUCAGUGUGCUCCAGUCACACAAGUAGAAAAGCUGCUGUAAACUCAUCUGAGCUGACUGGACAAUCCAAGACUCAAAGCAAGAGGUUAUACCGAGCAUCUGUUGCCUUAACACCAACCCCGCCGGCAAGAGCAGGCAUUGAGCACCAAGCUGAGUGCUCUGAGGAGUCUGGAGACUCCAAAUCAGAGGUGGAACAAAAACUUGAUAAAGUCCCUCUUGUGCCUUCAGUUGAUGACAUUCACAGAAGUGUGGAGAACGAGGAGCUGCAGCAAGUCAUACAGGAGAUCAAAGAAUCUAUUGUUGGUGAAAUCAGACGGGAAAUAGUAAGUGGAUUGUUAGCAGCUGUAUCAUCCCCAGGUAGAUCUGCUAAUGCAAAGCAAGAUACGCAGCCAUGAAACAGGUACUACAGGGUAGGCGUGUGGACCAGCAAAGCUCUGGAAUUCUGCUCUUGGAUGAUGUACACUGGUGAAGGCAUCAAAUUAUGUACUUGGGAUCACUACAGCUGCUGAGAUGGGCUACUGUAUACAAUGCCUAGUUCUAUGAUGCAUUCCUUAUUAUUUCUUCUUGAGUCCAUAUCUAGUGAUUUAGACACUUUGCUUAGUUUACUACUUUCCAUAAACCAUCAAGAAAAGUAUGGCCCUUUUGGAAGACCUAAUAUUUAUUUGUACGUCCCUAUUGUUAAUUUGUGUGUAGUUUAUUUCUUUGUGGAGAGGUGUGUCAUGAAACUUGAUCUAACCAAUUUAUAAAUAACAUACAUAUUCAGCCUAACUUUUUUUUUAAAUAAAAAACACUGACCUCUAUGAGGUAUUUACUGUGCAAUAACUGAUUCACUUUGAGAGCUUGAAACAACCAAUAUUUGUUUCCACUGCUGUUACUUAGUGCCACUUCAAAAGAAAAAAAAUUCUGUUGUAAAAAUUUCUGUUAACUGUUGGGGAGGUUACUAUUAGCAGAGUGGUAGAAUGAUAUGAGGUUACCUAAAACUACUUAAAGUUCUUACACUGAAAGCUUUAUCUUUGUGCAGAAGAUAACUUUAAUUUUAUUUUGCUUCCCUACUAGUCCUCCCACUCCUUGGAAAUGUGCCUUAUGUUAAACACUGUAUGUGUUCACUACUUCUCGGUUAUAUCAAGAGAAGUUCUUUUCUGUCUUUUAUUAAGCAAAAUACAAUAAAAAGACUGCUCUUGGAAAAGUAUUGGGGAUGUGUGACUUGGAGUGGGUGGGUGACCUUGGUUGUAUUAUGGGGAGAUUAAAGUAAAUUAACCCCCCCACACACACCACCACCCCUCACUGGUUGUAUUGUAGCUUAGGCCAAUGAAAAUGUAUUUGUUCUAAUGGAUAAAACUGAAAGUAAAUGGGGUUCAAAUGUGGGGGAUGUUUUGUAUGUGUGGUCAGACAGACGUUUAGUGGAUGUGUAACACAACGUCUGAAUGUUGCUGGGAUUCUCCUUUGUGCCUUUGUCAUUUCCAGGUAUCAAAAAUGUUUAUAUUGUGUCAAAGUCUCAAUCAAAGAAUAGUUAAAGGUAUAACAAUAUUCUAUAAAAAGGCUUAUCUGAAAGAUUUAUAAAUGUGUUUGGAAGACACACCUAAGGGCUGAUUUCUAAAAACAGGAAUAUUAAACCAAUAAAGUAUUUAUUUUGCCUACA